AUGUCUAUUUUUAUCUAUCUAUCUAUCUCUCUCUCUCUCUCUCUCUCUCUCUCUCUCUCUGUGUGUUUAUCUGCUUGCCUUUGUUUUUCUAUCUGCUUUUUUCUAUGUCUUCCUCUCCCUCUCUCUCUCUCUCUCUUGCUCUCUUACUCUCUACCUGUGCACGUGACUGUUUGUCUGCAUCUUGCCUCACGUUCUGUAACUGACUCUUUCUCUUUCUAUUUGAUUCUGUUUGUGCCUCUCUCUCUUUCUCUCUCUCUCUCUUUCUGUCUGUUACUCUCUCUCUCUCUCUCUCUCUCUCUCUCUCUCUCUCUCUCUCUCUCUCCGAGAGACCAAUCCUAUUUUUUAACUUUUACAUUUUGUGGGGGCAACUUUUUUCUUCUUUCAUGUUCCCUGUUUGUUAAUAAAGUCUGUCUGUUUUGCAAGUUUAUUGUUUUUGUCUAUCGAUUUCUGUUUCUCUCUCUCUCUCUCUCUCUCUCUCUCUCUCUCUCUCUCUCUCUCUCUCGCACGCCCUUCCCUAUGAUUUCCACCCCUCUUCUCUUUCAUCACGUUCUCCUCUUUCGCGCCUCUCGCGCUCUCCUUUUCUCACUCAUUUCUCCUCCUACUACUCCUCUCUCUCUCUCUCUCUCUCUCUCUCUUUCUCCCCGUUUUUUUUUUUUUUUCACUAACACGCACACACAAAAAUUCUCUUUCCUUCUUACACGCACACCAUUCUCUUUGAUUUCCUUCUCUCUCAACCCGUUCUCCUUUUUCGACCCUCUCGCUCUCACGCUCUCUCUGCAUCAACCACUAUCUUAUUUGUCUCGCAUUCUCCCCCCCUCUCUCUCUCUCCGUUUGUCAUUCUACCUCUCCCAGUUUUUUUUCUUUCUUUUUCUAUCUCCUUCUUCUUUUUCUCUCGCUGCUUUCUGCUUCUCUCCCACAAACCCUCUCUCUCCAUUUUCUUCUCAUUUUUCUCUUUCCCUGCAUUUCCGUCUUAAUUUCUCUCGUUAUCACGUUCAAUCUCACCUACUCUUUUCUACCAAUAUCACUUGUUCUUUUCCAUCACACUUCCAGUCUUUCUAUGUCGACUUCCUGAUUUUAUCUCUCUCUUUUUCUCUCUCCCAUACACAUAAACGCACACACAAAUUCUCUUUUCUUCCUUCUCGCCCACCAUUCUCUUUGAUUUCCUUCUUUGUCUUCUCUCUCAUCCUGUUUUCCUUUUUUCGACCCUCUCGCUCUCUCCCUGUCUACCACUAUCUUAUUUGUCUCUUAUUCUCCCUCAACCUCUCUCUCGCUCCGUUUUUCACUCUAUCUCUCCCUUCUUUUUCCUUUCUCUUUCUAUCUUCCUCUCCUUAA